UCGCAGAGAAAACCUAGCAAAAUCUGUCACACCUAGAGAGGGAAAAAGCCCGCCAAACGCUGCUAAACAGAUCUAAGUGAGAGGUUACAGGCCGCCGCUGUCUGUCUCUCUCGACCGCUCAUCGUGACUAAACCGGCGUCAAGUCGAUGCACGGUGAAUACGCUUCGUCGUAACACCUAACUUAUUAUACACCGUGGUUUUUAUAAAUAUUUGGGUCGGAGGACGGAAUGAAAUUCAAAGGCGGCAAAUUUCGACAUUUGUACCUACAUUGACCAGAAGGGGCCACCACUAGUUGUGGCUGUCAAAAACGUCGAAGCCAAAACCUGCAAAAGUGAGGUUAGGUUUAUGUUUAAUUUUAAUAACAAGUAAUUCGAGUUCAUUACGCUAAGUAAACCCUGUCGAAAUGGAUCUGUGGAACAUUAAAGAUUUGGAGCCACCCCCAGUCACCAGCUGUAAAGCCUGCACAAAGCAAAUCGAUGUACGCCUCCUGCAUGCCGUUCUCCAAGAAGGAGUCAACUUUUUCUCAAACCAGCACCACUUAUUUACCGAAGCCGCUUUACUCUCACGCUCAGUCUACCGUUUCAAGGUGAAAUUUCGUUCCUCCAAGGAUUUCAAAAUCGUGGAAAAACUCAACCACAUUCUGCGGACUUACCAGAGAAUGCACAUUUCGGCGGCGUUGAACGUGCUGUUGGUCACAAUUCCUCAGAAUUACAAAGCCAACAACACCUACAUGUUAACAAAAAACAUGUUUGAUUAUGUUUUAGUGCGCCUGCAAGGAGUGGGAAAGCUGUUGUGCGCAACUUUAGAAGCUUGUAAGGAGGUUUCAACUGCCAUGCAGCAGAGAUUAAGACUUGGGCAUUUUUGGAAAGUUGCUAUUGUUAUUUUUGCCACAGCUGCCAGGGUUUUUGUGGUUGCUAAAAAUGCGCUGAAGUAUUGUUGUGAGUUGUAUGGGAAUUUGUUGCCGUAUUCGUCGAGUUUGGGGAAUUCUGGGGUGCAGUGGCUGCCAGAAGGGUACAGUUUUCCUGCUCAUUUGGACGAGUGGUUGGAAAUUGAUUGGUUGGAUCUGGAUAACGUGAUUGACAUUCUUGAUGAUGAAUCUAUUUUGUUUUAUGUAAAACUAACGGAUUCUGAUGAUUUUUAUUCUUAGAAACCUAAAACACGUUUGAAAUGGUAAAUUUUUGAAAGAAAAUAUGGAUUUUGCAAUUAGGCUCCACCCCACGUAUAUUAAAACAAAAAAAAUAUAAACCCCGC